AGUCGCAAGUGAGGCGAUGGAAAUGGAAAUUGAAUGUGGAAAAGCUUUAAGCGAAAAAGCUUCGUUGAGUUCGCUUCAACAUUCAACAUUGAACGAAGCCGACAGGAAAAGCGCAUAAAAGGCAGGCACAUCGGAAAAUUCAACUCAGUUGCGGUUUCAACGUCUCCGACUGCGAAUGCGAGCUGCACAAGAAAAUUCGUUGCGAAAAGUGGAAAACGUUGGGGUUUCGAAAGAAGCUGAGUAAUAAGAAAUGUUUUAAAAUGUACAAAUAAAUAAUCAGAAAAACCCAAACAAAGUAUAAUAACGAGAAGAAGAAGUGAAACGUGAACAGUCGCAGUAUCGUGGAGCAGUCACGAGCAGCGGCGCUGCCGAUAACGCUGCAUACUUAGUGGCAUCAGACGUGCCGGCACCUGCCGCAACAGCAGACCCAUUAGACAGCAUGAGCGCCAGUGGCAACGGUAACAGCACCAGCAGCGCCAUCAAUACCAACGCCACCAGCACCAGCACCGCCACAACUGGCACCGCCACCGGGACCGGCACCGUCACCAAUCCAGCAUCCACGCACAUUUUUCGUUCGCUGUCAUCGGAGAGCCAGAAGCGGGAAUGGUCGAAGCGUCUGUCAUUGCGUGGCAUGCGGCAUGGCGCUGGAGCUGGAGCUGCCAGUCUGGCUGCCAGCAAGGAGGAGACGGCCGGAGUGGGCGGAGCAGUCGGCGGUCCGGGCAAGCAUCGCAAGUUCUUUAGUCGCUCCGCAUCGCUGAAGCAGGCGGGCAGCGGCGGCGGCAGCACGCAAGCCUCGAUGGAAUUGCAUGUACCUGGGCACUCAUCCGCAGCUGGCUCCCCAUCUGGACUGGCGCAUCCGCUGACACAGCCAUCGACGCCAAAGAAAUCCAAUUGGGAGGUGAUCGAACAUUUCAAUACCAGCGCCAAGGGAGGCAAAGCAAUGGUUAGCAGCAGCCUGAUUGCGGCUGGCAUCACGCGCUGCAACAUUGACGAGUCGAUUGACUCAACCAAUUCGAGCUCCACCUGCCACAGUCCGAUGAUCUAUCAGAGGGACGAGGCCCAGCUGCUGCAGCAACAAUCCGAUGCAGCUGACGGUCGCAGCAAUGUGGAAGCGAACAAUCCAAGCACCACGGGCAUUCAGGCAGGCAGUCCAAGCAUAUCGUUCUGGUACCGUUUGAAUCGCAUCAUUCUGCGUCUCUGCUCGACGCAUCAGUUCAAGAAUCUGCAGGUGGAAAUGCUUUAUCAGCGUUAUUUUCUGCGAAUGAAUCAGAGUAAUACGACGCACAUUUUGGGCCUGUUGCUAACGUUGAUUUUGGCAUUAUCCUGCACCCAGCUGGUCUACACCACCAUGCAGCUGCGCCGCAGCCUCGCCACCCCCAACCACCCGGCCACUGGGCUGACAUCCGCAACGAUUCGAUUGGCGGCUCAGUCGCUCGACGCGAAUGCCACGGCCAGCGAAAAUGUUACGCACCUGAUGACGGCCACAGCAGCAGCAGCAGCUGCACCACUAGCACAGCCAACACCACCACCAGCACCACCAUCGCCGCAACGUGCAAAACAAAUGAGCCACCAUCAGCAUUUGGUUUCUAUUGGCAGUCUGGCAACGCUCAGCGCCGUGCAAACUCCAACUGGCAUUCGCCGCAACACUAAUGCGUCACAGCGGACCGCCGUUGCCGACGAGCGGAGCCCGCAGUGGCUCGAGCCUCGGCAGAAGCGCAAGCAUUACCGUCGCCUACACAAGCAUCGCUACAAGCAGCAUCAGCAUCGCGCCAGAUACAAACGUGGCAUGCAGGAGCAACAAAAACGGAUUUACCACGUGAUUGGGGCAACUGCUGAAGCUGACGCCAAUGUUAAUGGUGAAGAUGAUGAUGAUGAUGAUGAUGUUGCCGACAAUAAUGAUGAUGGCAUUAAACGCUUUAUAGGGCAGCGCGACAACAAUGAUAACAACCGUCGGCGUUUGCCCCUGAGCAGACGCCAGGCACGUGCUGAAGUGCUCAAAUUGACGCCGUUUGAUGGGGCUUCCAAUGCGAAUGCCACGCAACAGCAGCAGCAGCAGGAGCAGGAGGAGCUGGAGGAGCAGGAGGUGACACAUGAACCGAUAGAAACUGAAAUAUUUGGUGUAACUGAUAAUUCGGAGAGUUCAUUGGAUUACACGCAUGUCUUCUACACGAUUUUCAUGCAAAUCGAUGAGUCUGUGCUCGUUUUUCUCGUUGUCAUGCUAAUCUGUGGCAUCGUCUAUGCAUUUCUACUCUGCAUACUGUCAAAGCCGGCGAUGAAUGAAAUAUUUCUGGUGCUCGUCUCCUAUGUCAUAUUGGGCACGUUUCUGGCCAUUGAAGUUGCCGUUAGCUAUGUGCUGCAGCCAAGCAAAUCGUUCAAUGGCAGCGCCUGUUGCAUUGUGCUCAUCUACAUGACAUACACGAUGUUGCCGCUGCGGUUGCGUGAGUCGCUCAUCGGUGGCAUGCUGCUGAGUGGCACGCAUCUGUACACCUGUCUGCGUACACAAUACACGCUGGAUAAGCAGGAGCAGGAGCAGCAACAGUUGGAGCUUGAGCUGGAGCUGGAGGUGGAGCAGCGGGCGCCAAUGAAGACGCAUCUGUCCUGGCAGGAGCUGCUGUGCACCUGCAUUGCCCUGUUGCUGGCGAAUCUUACAGGUAUUUACACGCACUGGCCCAAGGAGAAGGCGCAGCGCAAGGCGUUCAUUGAGACGCGCCAGUGCAUCGAGGCGCGUUUGCGUACGCAGCGCGAGAAUCAACAGCAGGAGCGUUUGCUGCUGUCGGUGCUGCCGCGACAUGUUGCCAUGGAGAUGAAGGACGAUAUUGCGGGCCAGCCACGUGACACACAAUUUCAUAAGAUUUACAUACAGCGCCAUGAGAAUGUCAGCAUCCUGUUUGCCGACAUUUGCGGUUUCACCAGUCUGUCGGAUCAGUGCACGGCCGAGGAGCUGGUGCGCCUGCUGAACGAGCUAUUUGCACGCUUUGAUCGAUUGGCUGCAGAGCAUCAUUGUCUGCGCAUAAAGCUGCUGGGCGAUUGCUAUUACUGCGUCUCCGGGUUACCAGAGCCGAGGCCGGAUCAUGCCCACUGCGCUGUUGAGAUGGGACUCGAUAUGAUAGACGCCAUAGCUCUGGUGCGCGAGGUAAUGGCCGUGAAUGUGAACAUGCGUGUGGGCAUCCACACGGGACGCGUGCAUUGCGGCGUUUUGGGCCUGGUCAAAUGGCAAUUUGAUGUUUGGUCGAACGAUGUGACUUUGGCCAAUCAUAUGGAGAGCGGCGGCAUACCCGGCCGUGUUCACAUCACCAAGGAAACUCUCAAGUGUUUGGAUGGCGAUUACGAGGUGGAGGAGGGCAAAGGCGCUGAUAGGAACUCGUAUCUCAAGGAUCAUCAGAUAGAAACAUAUCUCAUAGUGCCAGGCGAUAUCUACAGACCGCACAAGAAAUCGCGCAAUCGCCUGCAGGUGAAUGGCAACAUAUCCAAGGAGCUGCGCAUGAUGGGCCACGGCACCGCACAGAAACACACAUCCAAAUUUGGCUUUGGCGACAGCUCCGAGAGUCACAAGGAUCCCGAGGAUGAGGUCAAUGAGUACUUGAUGCGUGCCAUCGACGCGCGCAGCAUCGAUCAUCUGCGCGCCGAGCAUUGCCAGUCGUUGUUGCUGUGCUUCAAGAGCGACGCGUUGGAGCGCAAGUAUUCCAGCGAGCCGGACCGCAUGCUCUGCGUCUACUUCUACUGCAGUCUGCUGGUGCUGCUGGGCACCACGCUGAUGCGCUUUGUGGUUUUUGGCACCUCCCCGCGGGUCUUCCUGCUCUCCAUGCUGGCUUUGCUGUUGCUGCUCGUGCUGGUCUUCUGCGUGGCCUGUCAUAACAUCAACGUGAAGCUGCCCUCGUAUAUGAAACACUUCUCGCAGAGCAUUCACAGCAAUCGCACCUUGUCGCAGUCCAUUGCCUUUGCCACCGUUUCGCUGAUUGUUUGGACCACGUUGCUGGCCAUGUUGCAGGAAUCAAUGCGUCAAUUGAGGCAGCUGCGUUUGCAAUGGAUCUUUUUGCACGCGAACACCAGCAUCAGCAUCGACAGCAGCCUGGCGGAGCAAAUAGAAUUGGACCUGGAGCAGGACCAUCAGCGGGAGCUCUCAACGCCAAACUGUGAUUUCUAUUUUGCGUAUAAUACAUUCCUGCUGCUGACGCUGCUCUCGAUGAUGUGCUGCGCCACGUACCAAGUGCUGCGCAUAGUGUUGAAGCUUCUCCUGCUGCUGUUGGCCGCUGGCAGCUACAUGGCGUGCUCCUCGUAUUUAUAUGUGAGCAGCAGGCAAAUCAGCGCUCAGCUGGCCAAUGAGGAAGCCCUGCUGCGCUAUAUAAUUGACUCAAUCUUCCUAUUUGCAUUUAUGCUCGCCCUGAUCUUCCACAGCCAUCAAACGGAGGCCACCUACCGCUUGGACUUUAUCUGGAAACUGCAGGCAACGGAGGAGAAGGAGGACAUGGAGCAUUUGCAGGCUUAUAAUCGGAAACUGCUCGAAAAUAUUUUGCCCGUGCAUGUCGCCGAGCAUUUUCUGAGCCGCGAGAAGCACCUCGACGACUUGUAUCACGAGCAAUGCGAUUCCGUGUGCAUACUCUUUGCCAGCAUACCGAACUUCUCCGAGUUCUACGUGGAGCUGGAGGGCAACAACGAGGGCGUCGAGUGCCUGCGUCUGCUGAACGAAAUCAUUGCGGACUUUGACGAGCUGCUGAGCGAGGAGCGUUUCCGUUGCAUAGAGAAAAUCAAGAGCACCGGCGCCACCUACAUGGCUGCCUCUGGGCUGACGGCCAACACCUGCGACCGGGUGAACUUCAGCCAUGUGACCGCCAUGGCCGACUACGCGCUGCAGCUCUUCGACAAGAUUGAGGAGGUCAACAUGCACUCGUUCAACAACUUUCGCAUGCGCAUAGGCAUUAACAUUGGACCCGUGGUGGCUGGUGUGAUUGGCGCCUGCAAGCCGCAAUAUGAUAUUUGGGGCAAUGCCGUGAACGUGGCCUCCCGCAUGGACUCGACGGGUCUGGUCGAUCACAUACAGGUGACCCAGGAGAUGCAGCAGCUGCUCGAGUGCCGGGGCUACGAGCUCACCUGCCGCGGCAGCGUCAACGUCAAGGGCAAGGGCUCGAUGAUAACCUAUUUUCUGAAGGGUAAGGCGCAGCAGCCCGCCACGGUCCCCGCGGUCCCCAUGGGCGGGGCAGAGGAGAAGCCGGCAGCGGAAGCAAACAAGACGCCAGCAGUUGAAGGCGUGGCUGCGGCCACAGUGGAGCCGCCCGGCGAGGCGGAUGUGGACGAAGAUGACGAGGAGGACGACAUCGACCUGAACUCGAAUAUGCAAAACUUGACGGCGCAGCGGCGGAAAUCUCUGUGCCGACAGCACAACAUCUCCUCCUCGUUCGGCACCACCGUCAGCUCCACGGGCAUCACGCCCAGCAUCUCGAACAGCUCCAGCGUGGUGACGAUUGGCGCUUUGCCGGCGCUGCUGCGCAAUGCGAAUCAGGCGAAUGCCGACAGCUGUGCCACGCCCACAGCGCCCAGGACACUGGUGGCGGAGCUCAAGGAGGAGAUCGCGCGGGACGAGAAGAGCGCGCUGAAGGACUCCAUCGAGAACCUGGAGAUCCUGCUGAAGAACAACAUCAGCCUCUCGGAUCUGAGCAACAAGCAGCAGCAGAACCUGCGCAGCGAGGGCAGCUGCAGCAGCUCGACGACAACGACGCUGCGCAAGCGGGACACCAUCGUCAGCUUCCAUGUGACGGAGACGCUGACCACGACAGCCUCCUAUAUGCAGCAGCAGCAGCGCAAGCGSCGCUCGGUGAGCACGAUGGCUACCAGCUGCACCACCAACUGCAGCAGCACCAUCACCACCCGGCUGCUGUCCAACGAGAGCCAGAGCUCGGCGCACACGGCGCCUGGCACGCUGGAGAGUGACGAGGCAGCUGGCGAUGACAGUGGCGCUGGAGCGGAUGCAGCCCGGGGCCAGCCGUUGGACUGGCAGCCGCGCAUAGCUUUCCUCGAGCCGAAUCGCAGUCCCAUCAAGACAUCCCAGUCGAUGAGUCCCAUUGGCCUGGCCACCGAGGUGUUUGUGCUGCCCAACAGCCGCAGCAUGAUCCUUAUCAGCAGCAGCAGCGCUGGCAGCAGCCCAGGAGCAGGAGUUGGAGGCGGCGUUGGAUUGACAGCAGCAGCAGCAGGAGGCACCAGUCCGCGACCAGGGCUGCUGCAGCAGAUCAGUACGUAAAUAGGUUGAUGGCCAAGCUAAAUGUAAAUAUGUAUAAAAGGCAGUCGAAUCGAGGAAGGGGACAGAGUUGCCAGAUCGUCGAGUUGCUAGCAGAGUAAGUAGCAAGGAGUAUAAAUUGGUUUUAAAUAGCUAGAAGAGCUUGAUGUCAUGCGCCAAGAGUCAGGCAUUGUAGAGUGACAGCGUUGCCAGAUCGGCAAGCUGUUCGAAGAGUAAAUGCUUUAGAGAGUGAUACGCGAUGCUUUAAGGCAGAGGCAGUCGUUUAUCACUGAGUUGCUAGAAGAUCAGAUGACCUCGAGAGCUGAUGGCAUAUCCCAUCAGGCUGGCAUAGAGAGUGACAGCAUUGCCAGAUAGUCAGAUGGUAUAGAAAGAAUACUUUAAAGUUAAAAAGCUAAGAGCUGCUUAGUUAUGCAUGCUCCAGCAGUAAUUCCCCCUCAAACAACCUAACAUCUAAAGGCAUAUCCGACUAGACUAAACGGCGUUGCCACAUAGUCAGUCAUCCGCUUAGAGUUGUGUGCUCCAGCAGUGUUGAUACCCUUGAUCCCAACUAUUUCUAUUGAUCUCGCAUUUGUUGUUUGUUCCUUUGAGCAGCCUAGCCUGAACCAGGCAUAUCCGACUAGGCUGCGUACCCUGCAUAUCACAGCAAAAUAAACGAAUUUCGAACCGAAAAACAAGCUGUUGCCAUAGACUAGAGUUAUGUAUAGUUAAAUAAGGGAGCACUAUGACCAGGUUCCUAUAUAAAUAUAUAUAUAUAAAUGUAUACUAUUUGUAGUUGUUAUUAGAGCAACUGUACUCAAUUUACAGGGUAUACAAAUGCAACAGUUUCUAAGCUUUGUUACCAUUAAAUGUGUCGACACUAUCGAGAAAUGUGACUCGAGUCAAUUUGUAGGA